UGUGCGCGCGCGUGUGUGUGUAAAGAGAGCUAACACACGCUACACACACUUAACAUUUGGACACAACAUGGCGAUGAGGCGCCGAGAGACACGACGACUCUUCCCCGACUAACACAAGCACGUUAUGUUUAUAGGGAAGCACAGUGCAGGGAUAAGUGAAAGAGGACAUUUGAUGUGAUUUGCAGUAUAUGCAUGUAGCUUAUAGCGGUCAUAUAAAGCACACACUGCUUUACACCGCUGCUGGAAAUCAAAAGCUGUACAUGGCGGUGGAGAAUAUCUGGAUCUUCUGUCUACUUUCCCUGGCGUACUGUGGACUAUCCGUGCAAGAGAAGCCCCUGUCAGUAGAGCUGAGCUGUGGUGCUGGUCCUGUCCAUGUGGUUUUGGAGCCUAACCACCCUCUGCUGCUGGACUGCCACCUGGGGGCCAAUGAUCCACCACUUAACGUGACCUGGCUGCGGGAUGGAGUGGUGCUCACUGAGGGUCAGUGCAUCCGCCCUUUGCCCAAUGGCUCCCUGCUUAUCCUGCCAUCCACCACUGAUGGCCAGGCUCCGGUGGGUGUGGAGGGCGGAUACAGCUGCCUUAGUACCAGCUCAACAGGAGCCCUGACCAGCCGGGCUAUCAGCAUCCAUCUCGCAAGCUUGUCUCAUUUUCUUCAAGAUCCUGAACCACAGGUUGUGCCAAUGGGUGGCACUGUCCGGUUUGAAUGCUAUGUAGAUGGUUUGCCUACCCCAAGUAUCACCUGGGAGAAAGACCAGGCACCCUUACCUGCCCCUGUUGAUGCUGCAAAACCAUCCAGGUACAUAUCUCUCCCUAACGGGGUGCUGCAGGUUCUAGGAGUCACUAAGGAAGAUGAAGGCAUGUACCGCUGUGUGGCCUUCAACACUGCCAGCAAGCGCUUUAGCCAAGAUGCAUCUCUCACAGUCAGUUCAGGUCUGUCUCAGGAGAGCGAGGUGGUGAUUGUUGCUCCACCACGAAACUCUACGGUGGUCAUGGGUCGGCCGGCUGUGAUGGAGUGCAUGGCUCAGGGUGAGCCCAAACCGUUUGUUUCGUGGAUCAGACAGGAUGGGAAGCCUAUAGCUACAGAUGUGGUUGUCUUGGCAACCAACCUAGUAAUUCCUGACACCCGCAGCCACCAUGCUGGAGUGUAUGUGUGUCGUGCCAACAAACCCAAGACCAGAGAUUUCAUCUCGGCCCCUGCUGAGCUUCGAGUACUAGCUCCACCGGUCAUCCUUCAGCCUCCAGAGGCAGUGUCUCUGUCUCGGGGGAAUACGGCUCGCUUUGUGUGUAACAGUUCUGGUGACCCUCCCCCUGCCCUGCGCUGGUUAAAGAAUGGAGAACCGGUCCAGUCCAAUGCCAGAGUAAAGACUCAGAACACUGGAGUUCUGCUCAUUAACCAGCUGCGGCUGGACGAUGCAGGCUACUACCAAUGCAUUGCUGCCAACAGCCUGGGCACGGCCUGCGCCACUGCCAAGCUCUCCGUCAUUGUGAGAGAGGGGUUGCCAAGCCCCCCACGUCACGUGUUGGCCACACCCCACUCAAGCACGUCUGCACUGCUCACCUGGGAACCACCUGAACACAACAGUGACCAGAUAAUCGGCUUUUCUGUGCACUAUCAGCGGACGGCAGGCUUGGACAACAUGGAGUAUCAGUUUGCGGUGAAUAAUGACACAACAGAGCUGCAUGUAAAGGAACUGCUCCCUCACACGGCCUACACCUUCUAUGUAGUAGCCUUUUCGCCAAUGGGGGCCAGCCGUCCGUCACAGACCGUUACCAUAGAGAUGCUAGAGGACGUGCCCAGUGCCUCUCCCCAGUUAUCUCUGCUGAGCACCUCUUCCACUGAUAUCAGAGCCAUGUGGCUGCCCCUCUCCUCUCAGCAGAGUCGUGGAGCCAUCACACGCUAUCGCAUUGACUACAGGGCAUUGGAGCAGGCGGAUCACAUAUACUCUGUGGAAGUGGGUGGCAAUGAGACACAAGUAACUCUGAGGGAUCUAAAACCAAAUCAAACAUACCAGCUGCGGAUAGCCGCAGGAACACGUGCUGGGUUCAGCCAGCCUUCUGAGUGGGCCACACACCACACACCAAACCUUACUCAGGUGCUCUUUGCUCCCACUGAGCUCAAAGUGAGAGCCAAAAUGCAUUCCCUCCUCGUCACAUGGCAGCCACCACCCAAUCACACACAGAUCACCGGCUUUAAGCUUUCCUGGCGGGAGAUGGAUGGAGAGGAGUCGGCCAAUGAGGAAAACCCUGUGAUCAGUGAGAGGUUCCAGAUGGGUCAACAGAUCAAACUGAGGAAGAGGGUGAAACAUUAUGAGGUCACAGGCCUCUCUCCUGAUCGGCUAUAUGAGGUGAAGGUGUGGGCAUUUAAUAAACAGACUGAAGGGUAUCCUGCUGUCUGGCAGGGCACAACAGAAAAGUUCACAGAUCGAGUGCGGACUCCAGAAGCUCUUCCGCCGCUGCCGCCCAUCAGCGUCAGAGCCCGCGCGAACAGUUCCACCUCCAUCUGGCUUCGCUGGGAAAAGCCGCGCUUUAGCAGCGUGCGCAUCAUCAACUAUACUAUACGCUGCAGCCCAGCAGGAAUACGCAAUGCAUCGCUGGUCUCAUACUAUACCAGCACUUUUCAGGAGAUUUUACUACGAUCACUAAAACCUUUCACCAGCUAUGAAAUGGCUGUGCAGUCUAAUGGAGUUGAUAUGAGUGGACCCUUCAGCAGCACAGUGGAAGAGUCCACACUUCAAGACAAACCGUCCUCUCCUCCUGUGGACAUGCAGUUAAGUGCACUGGACUCAUUCUCUGUUCUGGUUAGCUGGCGCCAUCCACUGGAGCCAAAUGGUAUCAUUUUGACUUACUGGAUCCUCUACACUGGGAACAUUAGCAAUCCGGACCACCUGUGGAAAAAUGUUACGCACGAUGGCUCUUUCACCAACGCCGAGGUCCAGGGCCUGUUGAGUGGCAGCCGUUAUUAUUUUAAGAUGGGGGCCUGUACUGAAGUGGGAGUGGGACCAUUUUCCCCUGUGAAGGAUGUCUAUACUCCGCCAAAGAAAUACGAGCUGGAUAUCCAUGCUGUGACUGGUAUCAUUGUUGGGGUGUGUCUUGGUCUUCUCUGCAUCCUGCUCUGCAUGUGUGUCAGUCUCCGCAAUGGAAAAACAAGGGAUGUGUCUGGUGUACUCGACUCCGGUUCUUUAAGCCCUCAUUACAGAAGAGGGACCCGGGGCUCGGUUCCUGCUGCCACACCCGACUGCAGUGACUGCCAUGAGUUGGAAACACUCAUGCCGCCUAGUGCGCAAGACCCCACCAGAUCUGUCACAGAGCCCAGCGAGGAGCAGAGGCUCAUGGGAGAGGCUGGCGAUGGCCCUCCAGAUUCUAAGCCAGCUUGGAAUGGAUCCGUGAGUCGGAACUGGGCAAACCGGAUCACAAGAUACAGAGAUACCAUAACUGAGGAUUCUUCUGCUCUCAUCAACAGAGCUCUAGAAGUACCAACAUCAGAAAACAGUAAGAGUGGGCAUGAUGACAUGCUGUAUUCCCUCAGCAUGAACCAGGUGGAGGCUGAAGUUAUCGUGCACUCACAGCUGUCUAACACAACAGUUGACCAGGGUCCACAAAGCGACAUGGAGCUCCAUCCCAAGUCUCCAUCUUCCCAGCACCCUUCUCCUGGAGAGAAGGCAACUCCGUCAUCCCCUCGCCAGCGGCACGGCACCCCCCCUCCGCUCUGUGCUCACAGCGAGGACAUCCGCGAAACUCAAUCUUCAUCUCCAAUACCCAGCACGCACAUCUCUGAGGUACUGUCCAAUCACAAUGGACCAUAUGACAGUGGGCUCAGCCAGCCACCAGUGGGCGGUGCCAAAAACCAAGGAGUGGGGCUUACUAAUGGGUUCCACUCGCCAAAACCCCUUCGGCUGAAGGCAGAAACUCUGGAGAAUGGGGCCCACAGACUGUGCCCGGCGGGGAAGGUCAUGCCCACACCGGGUCUCCCCCCUUCCCCCUCAUCUUUCGCCGGUUCUGGCUUUGUCCGUUCUACCUCGGGGGCACAUAGCUACGUGUACCCCUAAGCUGGAAGGAAGAGAUUUAAAAAAAGACUGCAUUCCCAAUAUUCUGGGAGAGGGUCAGAGGAGGAGACUUCAACUAUGCUGGAGAAAUUUAUGUUUUCUCGUAGCCUCCUCUCUUGGCUCAAUUUUACUAAAACCUUUUGGUUCCAUUAUUUUAUAUGUAUGUACAUACAGAAUAUUUUUUUAGCACUAGUAUCCAUAGAUAUGCAUUUUAUGGCAUAUCUGUGGCACACUUUAAUCCCUCUUUUCCUGCAUGUACAGAAUAUGAAGGAAUGGUAUAUGUUUACAUGCAUACGAGUGUUUGAGUCAAAGGAUCCUGAGGAGACUGCAGUGCUGGGAUCAGCUGUGGAGAACUCGUUCACGGUUGAACGUAAUGGAUUGAUUGGAGAAUAGCACUAUCAGUGCUAGCAGGUGUAAACCCAUUCUGUCAGAGAGAACCCAUUACCCUGCCACAAAAAACACCUCCUGCUGUCUCAGGGUCACCGCCCUCCCCCUCACCUACCCAAACACAAACAUACACAGGUCUGUGCUUCAAAAACAGCUCUUCCAAAAAAUACCACUGCAUGUAUACUGAACCUAAAUACAACACAAAAACACAUUCCCUGACUGGAGCUCAAGUCUCAGGAGUUUAAAAUUUAAGGUGCAUUUAUCAAGGUCUAUGUGAAUAUAUAUACUGUAUAUAUAUAUACAUUCAGAAGACGUGUUGAAAUGAGGAAACCCGUAGACAUUUUCUAUAAUUUCGACUGUGUGUACUUUUAAAACGGACGUCACGCUGAUUCAUGCUCCGAGUUUCUCUCAGUCAACAGCACUACCUCAUUUCCUCACAGGAUUAUUCUUUCUGUGUGAUUUUAAUGAGUUUCAUGAAGAAGGCGACUUCUUAAAUCCGGUUUAUGAACCGUCUAAUUCAUAGCCUUUGAUAACAGCAGACUGUACUGCCUUUCUCACCUUGUGUCUGUAUUCUUCUGUAACUGUUACUGAAACUUUUGUCUCUGGUUAUUAGCCUGUGCGCAGGCAUGCUGUCGUCAGCUUGUUCAGUUCAUGCUAUUCUUGCUAACAUGGCUUGUUCGCAACGAUUUUGCAAUAUACUCUUCAGCUAAAAGGGAUAUAAACAGGAUGAAAGGCUAACCACAUGAUUGAACCUGAGACCUCAGCAUUUGUGUCCAUAAGAUCUACCUGUUGACUCGCCAGUCAUCUCUUUCUCUCAGGGAGCUCUUUGCAGGGAGUCCGAGAACAUUAGGAAACAGUCAAACUAGGAAAUAAGCCUCCAUUUCUCAGACAGGUUUUACCACUUGUAAUAAUUUGUUUUAUUGCCAAAUGCAUUGGGUUCAUUUGGAAAUGUACAUACAUAACUUGAGUCCUCCAUGCAGAAAUCAUGCUGCUGAGAGCAGGGUCUGUAUCUGUAUCGCGCUUCCUUUAUAUGCAUUAUUUAAAGUUUCUUUUAAGGAAAGUACGUAUGUAUUUUAUGUUAAUAUGAAAUUAAUUUUACACAAUCAAAAAAAAGUUAUCAUUUCAGCUGAUUUUUUUAAUAUUAUUUCAAUAGCAAACAUCAAUGAAUAGUGAGUUGGUGCUAGAACAACACCAGGUUCUUUUAAGAUGAUCUUUAAAACAUUCCAGCUUUGUAUGUACAGCAGGCCAAACUCAGGGCUGUUCAUUUAGUUAAAGAUGGUGAAUGUUUCAAUUACUAAGACUACUUUCAUUCAAAUGUAUUUCACACAGCAUCAGUUGUAACUCAUUGCUGGGUCUGUAUUGAUAAACUGUAUGUGGCCAGUCAACAGUUCAUCCUUGCUCUGUAGCUUCCUGUAAAGUCGAUGCAUUUUACUGCGAUUAUAACGUAGCUGAUUGUUACACCUCCUACCAGAUCAGUAUGUUUGUUGUACAGUUAAACUGUAGAAAUGCAACGAGAAAACAUAAAGCUUUUUCUCACAAAUGCAAUGAUGCUUGUGCAAGUUUGUCUCAGACAUGUACUGUACUGUAUGCAGUCUACAUGUUUGUGCGGUUGUCAAACAGUCCUAGCUUUGCUCGAGUCUUAUGCCAAAUACCUACAAAAUUACAUCAGAUUGUAUUGUUGAGCCUAUACCUGUAGCACACCUACAGCAUUGGGAAUGUGUGGGGAAAUUUGACUUAUUUUUUAGACAAUGGAAUUGGAAUAAUGGGUUAGCUAUGUGCUGUCACUCUUAAAGGGACACUACACUUUUUUUGAAAAUAGGCUCAUUUUCCAGCUCCCCUAGAGUUUUGGAAUCCAUUCAGCCGAUCUCCGGGUCUGGCACUACCACUUUAAGCAUAGCUUAGUAUAAUCCAUUGAAUCCGAUUAGACCAUUAGCAUUACGCUCAAAAAUGAUAAUCAUGAUAUCAUUGCGCGCAAGGAUACUACGCAGCACCCAGGGGACUAUUUUCGGCCACUGCGUAAUAUUAUUGCGCCUUCUGCAGCCAUGUUACGGCAGCAAAGUCCUUGAUUAUUACGCCACAAUGAGAGUAUAGUUCCUAGCCAUAUCGGCCUAGAAAAUCAACAUUUUUAAUUUUCCGUCGGUCUAAGGACACGAUGUAACUACAGAAGAGUCAAAAUAGGUAAAAAUGGUCCCUAAGUCAUUCGGCAUCACUGAAUCCAUUGAAUUACAUAAAUACAGGAGCAGCAUAGAGCAGACUCUCGCGGCUGUAAACAGUAAUGGUUUCUCUUGAUUCAACUAAUUUUGACGUAUAAGUCGCAUCUCACUAAAGUUCCAGGACCUGCCAAACUAUAAAAAAGUGUGAAAAAGUCCGGAAAAUACAGUUUGUUAAAAGUGGUACCGGCAGAUCCGGAGAUCGGAUUAAUUGAUUCCAAAAAGGUAAAAAUCUAAUGUUUCACUCUAGGGGAGCUGGAAAAUUAGUGUACCUUUAAAUAUGCAUAUUUUCCCCAGAAUCAACAUAUUCAAGUUUAAAUUAAAAUACCUCAUUUGCUGCUUGUUAUUUUAAUCACAGUCAACACUGCACACAAAGUCACAUGUUGAAAAAAUUCAGUAAUUUUGAUCAUAAUUUGUAGAAAACCAUAAAGACCAGUAUGAUCUCGUAUUCUGAUCCUGACUGGUUAGUGGUGGUUUUGUGCUGGUUAAGCUGGUGGACCGGUAAUGCCUACUGAAGCUGGUGGUGCUGGUCCACGAGCAAGGGUUUUUAGUAAGCCAGUUAACCAAUAAAACCUAGCUGGUUAUUUUAAAUCUGGUGGAUAUUCCAGCACACCAGAAAACUAUGCUAGGAAGAACCAGCAUUCGAAUAGAAACACAUGCUGGUCUUUUUCAGUAUGGUUUUACCUCAUUUUCAAUUCCUGCUUCAGGCAGGAUUCAUAUUGUAUUCAAGAUGCUAUUAUCAGAGCUGAGAAAAGCAUUUGUGUUUAUCUGGUAAGCCUGUGGGAUAUGUGUUGUGUUUACUAGAGAUGGAUAAUAUCAGACUGAGUUUUUAUCAGCUAGGUUAAGGCUGAUCACAGGGCUCUCCUGUCAAAGCCCUGCUGCUCAUAACAGACCCUCGAUAAUACAGGGCCAUAUCUCUACUGUGCAUUGGAUUGGUGCUUAUUGCUCAGGUGUAUUUGUAUGAAAACAUCAUAGGCAAAUGCCAGCUGGCUCUGAUGUAAGGAAAGAUGACACCUCACAUGUGCUCCUGAAGGCUCUUGAUGGGGGAAAGCAACAAACAGUUAAACUGGUGCGCAGAUAUGUUUUCUUUUUGUUUUAAAGUGUUUUGUGGUGACCUUUCUAGUCUGGUAUGAGCGCCAACCAGUAGGCCUGUGUUUUUCAGAUAUUCUCAGCACACAUACUUUGGACACAUCAGUGUAACACCAGCAGCUGUACUGAAUGGGCUUUGAUUUUACUGUAGUAAAUCUGAGAGACACCAGUCUAAAUACAUACAAAACAACACUAACUCAGCAUAACACAUUUUUGUCUGCAAAAUGAGCUUCUUAUGACUUUUUUUGUAAAAUCAAUUGUAUGUUUUAGAAAGUAUUUGGUUUAAGACACGCGUAAAGAAACUGGUAAAAGUGUUCAUUAAUCAUUUACUGUCCAUUCACAUUUUGGGAGAUAUUGUAUGUAAACCCAAUUAUAAACCGUAUGUGGAUCUGCAGAUGUCAGUUCUUUCAUUGUUACAUAAUUGGCCAUUAUGUGUCUUCAUAGACAGAAUAUUUAAGAAAUGCUCAGUUUACUUACUUAUAUUGGAUUUAAUCCUUUAAAAUCGAGACUUUUCCCUUCAUAAAUAAUCGAUUAAGCGAUGAAAUUAUUAUUAUAUACAUAAGCUGAGGAUAGAGUCUGUUGGAGUUUGUCAGAUGGAUGGAUGCAGAGAAAGAUGAUGAUAUAGUGUUUAUAUUCUUCCUCAGUUGCUUUGUCUGUUUGUGAAGUUUGCAGCAACAAACUCUCUGCAAAUUUUACUAUGUAAAUAAACAUCUUAAUAAAAA